CGAUGCUUAUCUGUGAUUCGACCACAAUGUAGAGGCUAUGGCUUAUCAGACUGCAAUGGCACGAUAUUGAUGGACUAUGUUAUUUGGUUUGGCUUAGUUCAUAUUAGUGAUUUACGACUACAGCCCCCACUGAAUAUGUGAAAAUUGCGUCAUUGUGCAUUAAAGCAACAAUUAACUUAAGCAAGAGCAGCAGCAGAGCGUCAGCGAACAGAAGGCCAUAGAAGCUGGCGAAAUGGGCAGAACACUGGAGAUAACUCCGGUAACGGUAACGGCAACGGCAAAUGGAGACCAUACGAUGGAGAAACAGACAACGGAUGUGGAGGGCAACAGUAGCCAGGUGAAGAGGCGUCAUGCCACCAGCAAUUUGGAAGCAGCCACACAUUUGUUUAAGGGCAGCGUGGGUGCCGGUCUAUUUGCGAUGGGCGAUUGUUUCAAGAAUGGCGGACUGGCGGGCGCCACCAUCUUGCUGCCGAUCAUUGCCGUAAUGUGUGUCCACUGCGAAAGGAUGCUGAUACGUGGCUCCGUGCUGGCCGUAGAACGGACGCCGGGCGCCACCUUUUUCGAUUACCCAGAGACGGUGGAAAAAUGCUUCGAAUAUGGGCCGCGUCCCCUGCGUCGCAUGUCGCGCAUUAUGAAGCUCAUUGUCGAGAUGUUUCUGUGCGUCACACAAUUCGGCUUCUGCGCCAUUUACUUUGUCUUCAUCACCGAGAAUUUGCAUCAGGUGCUACAGCAGAAUGGAGUGGACAUUAGUAUGAGCAUGGUGAUGCUUAUCACCCUGCUGCCCGCCAUGAUUCCCUCGCUGAUGACCAAUCUCAAGUACAUCUCACCGGUGUCCGCGUUUGCAAAUGUGGCAUUGCUGUUUGGCCUGAUUGCCACACUGUCCAUAGCCUUUUCGGACGGACCGAUGCCAGCGGUGGGCGAUCGGAAUUUGUUCACCAGUGGGUCCCAGCUUUCGCUUUUCUUUGGCACAGCCCUCUUCUCGUAUGAGGGCAUUGCGCUCAUCCUACCACUGCGCAAUUCAAUGCGACAGCCGGAGAACUUUAGCAGCCGCUUUGGCGUACUCAACUCCACCAUGUUCUUCACCACGGGCCUGUUCAUCUUCACGGGCUUCGUCAGCUAUGUGCGCUGGGGCGAGGAUGUGGCCGGCAGCAUUACCCUCAAUCUCGUUGUGGAGGAUGUCUUGUCGCAGGUGGUGAAGGUUGUGGCCGCGUUGGGCGUAUUUCUUGGCUAUCCCAUACAGUUCUUUGUCAUGAUGAAAAUUCUCUGGCCGCCUCUGAAGCGAUCCAAUAGCUGUGCCCAAAAGUACCCCAUCAGCAUGCAGGUGGUCCUGCGCUUUUUUAUGGUCAUGAUGACAUUUGGUGUUGCUCUGGUGGUGCCCCAACUGAAUCUAUUCAUCUCGCUCAUCGGAGCACUCUGCUCGACGUGCCUGGCCUUUGUUAUACCGGUGCUCAUUGAUUUUGUGGUACGUGCCCAGGUGCCCAAGGGCCUGGGGCACUGGUCAUAUGCAAAGAAUUUACUUAUUUUGGCCGUGGCACUGCUGGGCAUUGUCACUGGCACAUAUCAAAGCAUUGUGGAGAUUAUAAGAGAGUUUAAGUAG